GAACAACUUUAGCCGCAAAAGACAGUUUACUAUAACACACAGAGUGACACACACAAACACUAACAGUCGCCGGAAAAUUCCAACUCCGGCCAUCAUCUCGGAGCAAAAAGCCUCCUUCUUCCGCGGCUACGUUGCCGAGAGUGAAACUGAAUAACAGAAAAGAGAGUGAGUUGGGUGGGUGGGAAAGAUUGGGAGGAAGCAGUGCAUGAUGGGAUUUUGCAUAUGCCCGUUAGAGACUCCUGCAAGGUUGCUUUGGACAACCAGCUUCUUCCGCCAUAAGCUCAUGAUCUUUUAAUCCCAACCCAUAAUCAUAAUAUUCACAACCACCUUCUAAUUCAAACUACUACUACUACUAUUACUACCUUGAAUUCUUAGUUACUUGCUACUACUAAGUUGCUAAGAUAAUAAGCAAACUCUUAAACACACACACACACAUCUUCUUUGUGAUCUCUAUUUGCUUCUCUUGUCUCUGUCUCUCUCUGAGUCAUGGAAUCUGGUGGGAGGCUUUUCUUUGAUCCAUCUGCUUGUAGGGGGAACAACAACAUGCUCUUCCUUGGCACUACUGCUGAUCUCGCUUUUCGAGGAAGGUCGAUCCUGAGCAUGGAUGAAAGCUCAAAGAGGCGACCUUUCUUCAGCUCACCGGAUGAUCUGUUUGAUGAUGAGUACUAUGAGGAGCAGCUUCCAGAAAAGAAGCGCCGCCUCACUUCCGAACAGGUCAAUCUGUUGGAGAAAAGCUUCGAGGAAGAGAACAAGCUGGAGCCAGAGAGGAAAACCCAGCUGGCGAAGAAGCUGGGGUUGCAGCCGAGGCAGGUGGCAGUGUGGUUCCAGAACCGCAGGGCUCGGUGGAAGACCAAGCAACUUGAAAGGGAUUAUGAUGUUCUCAAGGCUUCCUAUGAUUCCCUACUUUCAACAUAUGAUUCCAUUGUGAAGGAGAAUGAAAAGCUCAAAUCUGAGGUGGUAUCCUUGAAUGAAAAGCUUCAAUUGCAAGCUAAAGAUAUGCCAGGGGAGCCGAUAUCGGACAACAAAGCCGAACCGCUUCCAGUUGAGAUAGCUCAAAUCAUCAGCAUGAAAGUUGAGGAUCGGCUGAGCACUGGGAGUGUUGGAAGCGCCGUGGUUGAUGAGGGUAGUAGUCCACAGCUUGUUGUUGAGAGUGUUGAUUCAUACUUGAACCAAGAAGAAGGGGAGGUAUUGCGUUGGUGGGGUAAUAUUAUGUUGAAUAAUGCAGCAGUGCUUUUCUAA